AUGCUAAGAUCAACAGUCACCAAGAAUCCUGCGUUUCGCCGUCUAUUUUCUCGCGAGAGUACUCCCAAUGACAAGACUAUUAGGAACUUACUCUUGCCCAAGGAUACCAAGGUGAUUAUUCAAGGGUUUACUGGGAAACAGGCUACUUUCCACGCCAAAAUUUCUCAGGAGUAUGGUACUAACAUUGUAGGUGGUACUAACCCUAAAAAGGCUGGUCAGACUCAUUUGGGUCAACCAGUUUUUGCCACUGUGAAAGAUGCCAUGAAAGAGGUUGGUGCUACUGCUACCGGUAUAUUUGUUCCACCACCGAUUGCUGCUGCAGCUAUCAAAGAGGCAAUUGAAGCUGAGAUCCCACUAGCAGUUUGUAUCACUGAGGGUAUCCCACAACAUGAUAUGCUUUACGUUGCAGAGAUGCUGAAAUCUCAGGAUAAGACCAGAUUGGUUGGUCCAAACUGUCCCGGUAUUAUUAACCCCGGAACCAGGGUAAGGAUUGGUAUCCAACCACCAAAGAUCUUUAAGCCAGGUAAUAUUGGUAUCGUGUCAAAGUCUGGUACUUUGACAUACGAAGCUGUGCAACAAACUACUUUGGCCGGGUUGGGACAAACCAUGGUCAUCGGUAUGGGAGGUGACGCAUUCCCGGGUACCGAUUUCAUCGAUGCAUUGAAGUUGUUCAUGGAAGACCCAGCCACUGAAGGUAUCAUUAUGUUGGGUGAAAUUGGUGGUCAAGCUGAGAUCGAAGCCGCUCAGUUCCUAAAAGAAUAUAACUUCUCAAGAGCAAACCCACUGCCUGUUGCCUCCUUCAUUGCUGGUAAAGUCGCAGGUCAAAUGAAGGGUGUCAGAAUGGGUCAUUCCGGUGCUAUCGUUGAAGGUUCUGGUACCGACGCCGAAUCAAAGAAGAAGGCUUUGAAUGAAGCAGGUGUUACCGUCGUCGAAUCUCCUGGUCAUUUGGGUAAGGCCCUUUUGGAUGGAUUUGCCAGGUUGAAGUAG